AUGAAGGAGUGCGAGUACCAGCAGAUCCGCCCCGGGGCCGCCCCGCCGCCGCCGCCCAGCGCCCCCCACUCCGGCUCCGGGCCGCCCCCGACGCCCCGCAGGCUGAGCUCGGGCCCGGGCCCCGCCGCCGCCGCCGCCUCCUUCUCCACCGCCUCCGUGCGGCCGUGCCGCAAAUGGGAGGUGUUCCCGGGCCGCAACCGCUUCUACUGCGGCGGCCGCCUCAUGCUGGCCGGGCACGGCAGCGUCUUCGCGCUCACCGUCGUGCUCAUCGUCACCACCACGACGCUCUUCUUCAUCUUCGACUGCCCUUUUCUGGCCCGCCACCUGACCCUGGCCAUCCCCGUCAUCGGGAGCAUGCUCUUCUUCUUCGUCAUGAGCUGCCUGCUGCAGACAAGUUUCACUGAUCCUGGGAUCCUGCCCCGAGCUACUCCCAACGAGGCAGCCGCCCUGGAGAAACAGAUUGACAGCACCGGCAGUUCCACCUACAGGCCUCCCCCGAGGACCAAGGAAGUGACAAUCAAUGGGCAGGUGGUGAAAUUAAAAUACUGUUUCACCUGCAAGAUGUUUCGGCCCCCCCGGACCUCACACUGCAGUGUGUGUGACAACUGUGUGGAGCGGUUCGACCACCACUGCCCUUGGGUGGGCAACUGUGUGGGAAAACGGAAUUACCGCUUCUUCUAUGCCUUCAUCCUCUCCCUGUCCUUCCUGACCUCCUUCAUCUUUGCCUGUGUCAUCACCCACCUGACUCUGCGUUCUCAGGGAGGCACCUUCCUUGACACUCUGAAGGAGACACCAGCAAGUGUGCUGGAGCUGGUGAUUUGCUUCUUCUCCAUCUGGUCCAUCUUGGGCCUCUCAGGGUUUCACACUUACCUCGUCGCCUCGAACCUGACAACCAAUGAAGACAUCAAAGGCUCGUGGUCCAGUAAGAAAAACAUGGAGGCUUCCACCAACCCCUACAGCCAUAAAAGUGUCGUUGCCAACUGCUGCGCUGUGCUCUGUGGGCCUCUGCCCCCCAGCUUGAUUGACCGGAGGGGCUUUGUGCAGCCAGACACCGAGUUGCCGUCUCCUAGCAAGAAGGAGGAGCCCACCUGUGAAGCCAAGCCAGACGGCAGCAUGGUAGGAGGCCUCCCCUAGAGGAGCUGAGUGCUUGCCAGCCUGCCAGUCCCUCCUCCCUGCACCCACUGCCUCCCUGUGCCUGCUGGACCCGCCUCUGCCCCCUGGGCCAGAGCUACCCAACACCCAAGUCAAGCCUCCUCUCCUUUAUUUUGGCACUGCCCCCCCACGGCUGUUCCUGAGCUCUUCUGUUGCUGCCCCUCUCACACCUCAGGGGAAUGCCCCUCCACCAAGUCCAGGAGCCAUGUGGAAAUGGCCAGAGACUGCCUACUGGCUCACAGCGGGGAGCCUGGUCAUAGUUGGGGCUGGGGCUGGGAGGGACAUGUGCCCACUUUGCCAUAGAGAACCAGUGUCUUUGCCUUUUAUACCCACGUCUACACUAAGAAGGUCUCGCCCUGUAUAGAUGGAUGUGGGUGUGAGUGGGCUCCGGGCCUUGCUGAAACCAUGGGCAGCUGUCACAGUGACAGGGGGCCAUGAAGGCUCAGCAGGUUGAAGAGCAGAUCUUAGGGCCUGGGACACUUCCCAGGGCUUGGGGGUUGCCUGUGUCUCUUCUCAGAAAGGAGCCAGAGCCACCUGAUAGUGGGGGUAGGCAGGGUGUCCAGUGCCAGCAGGAACUUGAUUGGGGGUGGGGGCGAAGGGCGUCCCUAUUUGAGGCUCCUUGGAACAAGUGAACCAAGCAGUGAGAGCCCUCCCCUCGUUCCCCCCAGUCUGGAUCCAGGGACCGUACACCAGGCUGCCCUACCUCCCUGGUGUGGGUGAGUCACACGCACAUUCACACACAUGCACACAAACACACACGCUGGCAAUACUUGAAACGGGUUUUACUGAAGCUGCUGGGUAUUUUGCACAAUUUUAUAGAACUCUUUUCUACAUAGAAUUUUUAAAAGAAAAAAAAUCCUCAGCCCCGUUGUUGUUUCUCUAGUGCUGGGUGGUGUUGGCAAGAGGCAGGUUGGUUUUGUGAUUUUGUUACGAGAGACCUUAUGGUUUGUUGUAAGUGUAUCUGGCUGUGUGUGUGUGUGUGUGUGUGUGUGUGUGUUUUCAUUUGUGCAUGCCUGGCUGAUUGCUUGGAUGGCUCCCACUCCCCCACAUGCCUGCCCUGCGUUUUGGCUUUUUUUUAAAUUCCCACCCCACCUGUGGGGAUCUGAGCCUAGCAGAAGCAGGCUGGGGUGCCAUAUGAGCCAUGGGAGCUGAGAGAGUGAAUGAGAAAGACAGAGACGUGUGUGUGUGUGUGUGUGUGUACACAUACUAGUUGUGAAUGGCAACUUGAAGUUCCCGAGGGGGGGCCGAGUCCCCAUUCUGGGUGUCCUCCCACACUCCCUUCCCACCCCACACUCCCACCUCCCAACCACUGACUUUGAUGUCAGAAACCUGGUGGCUGGGUGACGCCAGGGCUGCCCCCCCUUCCCCAAGCUGGGCUUCCGGCCUGAAAUCUGCCCCAACAGGCCAAAGUGCAUUUGGGUGGGGUUUUGGGAGUAUCAAGAGAUUUGAACAAUCCUGGAAGAGCAUGAGCGGCUGGAAGCAGCUGAGAAUGGCAGCUCAGCUGACUGCUGCCCCUCAGCCUGUGACUGGGGGCGGGGGCGGGGCAGGGGCCGGGGCCGGGGCCGCUGGACGGAAAGAAUGAGCCAAGCUCUAGCCUGGGAGAUUGAGCCCCGGGCUAGCGUUCAGCCCAGCCCCUUCCCUCUAUGAGCUGCCCAGAGCCGUAGCCCCUCUUAGGAGUAGGUGAGAACCUCAGGACUGUCCUGGGUCCUCCACCCAUCCAUCGAGGCCUUUUAGCUGUGGGCCUUCCACGAUGCUGCAGCACUCCCAUUAAUGGUCCCUCCAGGCCAGGGGGCAGAGGCUUGAAGAGCCAGUUUGUCUAGAAGUGGCAGUUGCCCAGGGAACUCACGGAAAGCUCAAAGUGGCCUGGGCGUCAGUAUCCUUGGCCCUGCAGAGGAGAACGGGGGAGCUGGCUUGGGGCGGGGGGAGCCCAUCUGCCUUUCAUUGAGGCCAGUGUUCUUUGUUCCUGCCUGUAAUAAAAUUUUUAUUUUUAAGAGUUGA